ACAUUUAUUAUUAAAAUCACGAUAAAUGUGCUUACGUAGGGCAGCAACUAAAAGAUAUUGGGAUACAAUUAAUACGACAGAUUUUAGCAAGUACCAGAUGGUACAGGCCAGGAAAAGCUAGUGAAAACCACUACGGAAACUGUUUGUUGUCGAGUAACUGACAAAAAACUUAUCACUUGGCGUAUUCAUUAGCGGACGGUGAGGUAAUGAAUACUUUAACAAAUUAACAGUUCUUUAAAAGUUCUCACCUUGCCUCUUUCAGAAACCAUAAAAUGACGUAUUCCUUUUCUACAGCUUUGUCUUCAAUUAAACCAAUCAAAUGAGUUCUCAAAAAAUUCACGUGUGAAUUUUUUAGGCAAAGAUAGGAAACAGAAGGAACUUGUGGAGGUCAGCGCUAAAAAUAUUCAGUUAUGCCCUUGUCUAGGAAGCUUAGCAAAUCAGAAAUGUCUCUACUUUUCAAGCCCGAAACUGAAAGAAGAUCUUACGACAGGCCAAAAGUGGAGCAAGACUUGGCUAGCAGCAAACGUUCACCGAGCAGAUCGGAUCCACCGACAAUUUACAUCGAAGAUGAACCUGUAACAGACGGUGCUAUAAACGGAUUGCCGAGAAUUCACCGAGCGGUUUCCGAUGGAAAUUUGGACUGGCUAAAAGAACUAGUCGAGAAUGGAGAAGAGGACGUAAACACGCCAGAUCAACAAGGAUGGCCUCCGCUGUAUACUGCCAUUAAGAAGGGAAAACUCGAUUGUGCAGCGUACCUGUUGAAGAAGGGCGCCAAAGAUUUUUACGACAAACAACACGCCGAGUACCAAAAAAGAUUGGUUGCCGUUUCGAAUGACCUUUCAAGGAACAAGGCCAACUCUUUUACAUAGCGACUGAAUGGAGAUAAACGUUGUGGUUUAUUGCUCCUGGUUAUAAAAAGUAUGCAUCUUUUGGUCCAGUUUUAAAGAGACAGCUGUAAGUUAAUAUAUAAAGUCGGAUUCGAGGACCGAGUUGGUUGAAUCUAUCGCUAGGUAAUUUACUAUGUAUCAGGGUAAUUUCCCAGAACAGUUGAAAACUCUCGAAUCGUUUUUUCUGAGAUUGAAAUAUUGCUUUAAUACUUUAAUACUUUCUGGUGUCUAUAUUGCUGUUAUUUCUGGAUGCAUUGUUUACUGUUGAACUGUCAAUGAGGCUUUCAUGGUUAAAUUACCCUUUUAUUGUUUCUGUUGUAGAACCAAGUUCUGCAACAACAGCCGCAAAACCCAUCGCACAAAUUUCAUGUUAGCUGUGAAUUUACAGCAGGUAAACUUCACAAAAAUGGAUUACCCAGAGCAGGUGGCAAACAUUGCAAAACGUGUUUCAAAGAUCGCGGGCGAACGCACUUUAUUAGACUACCUCUAUAAAGAAUGACCACAACUAGAAUUGCUAAACGAAAGCUUUUUUUACAAUUUGUUGAGUAACGCCAAUUUACAGCUCCACCUUUUUUGUAUGAUAAGUUGCUGACUGUUAUGUAUCACUUUUACAUUUAAUUCUUAAGGUUAUUUACAACCAAAUGCAAACAGAAUAACAUUUAUGUGUACGAGAACACGAACUGUCGGUUUCUCUGAUGAUCGCUAUUGUUAAGUCAGUUGAUACCUAAGCUGCAUAUUCCCUUGAGUGUGCUAAAGUAAUUAAGCCAGCCUCUAUAUCACAGCAGAUUUUGGGUAAAUGAGACACAGUGUGUUGACCAUGUACCGUUGUAUGUAAAUACAUUAAUGAAAGUGGCACGUUUCUUCCGCACUGUGUAUACUAAUUAAGAAGUAAGCGAUAAUGACUCAAGUUCUUUUCCACCAAUAAACACAUUAAGUUAGCAACGUAGCAGCUUUGAACAAGCUGUUUCGUUAGCGCGUUUAAAGAAA